GAUGAGCUUUUAAGUAUUCAAAACAAUAUAAAUUAGACAACUGAUUCAAAAAAAGAAGAAUUUAGAAAGUAUUUAGAAAAGGCAGGUGUAAUUGAUCAAUUGACAAGAGUCUUAGUUGGAUUAUAUGAAGAACCAGAAAAACCUAAUAAUGCCAUAGAGUAACCUCUAAAAUUAAACCUAGUUAUGUAAAAAAGUAUUUAGGAUCUCCAGUUGAUAUUGAUGUCGACAAAUUAAAAUUAGAAUAUGAGAAAUUAAAAGAUGAAAACAUUAGAUUAAAGAGAGAAGUUGCUGAAUUAAAAAAAGAAGUAAUAAAGAAAAUAUCAUAAUUUUAGUUAUAAGCAGCCUAAUAGGAAUAAAAUUGA